AAAAAGCGCCGCAGUCUGUGCGCGGAUGGAUUAGUUGGCAUUCAGAGUCUGUGUGGAGUGUGCGUGGCGCGCAGGCAGGGGCCAACAUGUUGGGGGUGUUUUUGGAGUCACGACGCGCGACGCAGCGCGGCUCGUCAUGACCCUGAAGUGAAUCACCAUGGGGUCUUUUCUGCUGACGUGAUUUUUUUUAUUUUUUUUUUUUUUUUUAAAGCACGAGUCGUGUGCGCCAUAUUUAGCUGUUUAUUAUUUAUUUAUUUUAAAUGUAGCACAUUUUCAUCUUGAACUUGUGUUUGCUUUCAUUCCCCCCACCCCUCCCUCACUGAGUGAAAGUGGUGAUCGCUGAGUGCUUCUUUUUUUUUUUUUUUUUUUGCGGAUUUCUGUGCGCACACGCAGCUUCAUGCCCCGCCGCGCACCUGUGGACGCUCGCUUUGUGCUUCCCGUUGUAUUCGUAUAGCGGCGGUGCGCGCGCGCGGUUCGGCGGCAGCAGGCAGCGCACGGCUCUGAACAGCUCCGGGCGCGUUUGGAUGGGCUCCGCCGACGUGCGUGCGUCCCCCGGCUGCUCCUAACAACCAUGGCUUCGCACGGCUUCUGGGCGCUCGGCGGUGAUAACAACGCGGGGGCCAACACCGAGAGCCAGAGCCCCAGCACGCCCAGAGCUUGGUGCCAAGCGGCGGCCCAGAAAUUAUCUGGAGGAAUCGGAUCUAAAUUAUACGCGCUGCUGAAUGUGGGGGAAGUGGAGAAAAGCGCGGAAGCGGCCGAGCAGCCGCCGCAGCCCGCUGCAGGGAGCUACGGCUGCAACAAAACAGACGGGCUCUUCUCCCACCUCUAUUCAACAGACCUCUUACCUGCCUCGGACGGAGACACCAAGACGAUGACCUUCCUGCAGGAGGUGGUGGACAUCUUACUGGCCUACAUAGUUGAGUCUUUCGACCGGGAAACGAAAGUCAUUGAUUUCCAUUAUCCCAACGAGCUGCUGCAGCUGAACAACUGGGAGCUGCAGGAAGAGCCCGCCACCCUGGAUGAUGUCUUGAUCAGCUGCCGCGCCACUCUCAAAUACGCCAUCAAAACUGCCCACCCCAGGUACUUCAAUCAGCUCUCCACAGGAUUAGACAUGGUCGGACUGGCAGCCGAUUGGCUAACAUCCACCGCCAACACCAACAUGUUUACCUAUGAGGUGGCCCCUGUGUUUGUGCUACUGGAGUACGUCACUCUGAAGAAGAUGAGAGACAUCAUUGGCUGGCCCAACGGGCAAGGAGACGGCAUCUUUUCUCCUGGGGGGUCUAUUUCUAACAUGUACGCCAUGCUGCUGGCCCGCUUCAAGAUGUUCCCAGAAGUGAAAGAGAAAGGCAUGUCGUCUGUCCCCAGACUGGUGGCCUUCACGUCCGAACAUAGCCAUUUUUCCAUCAAGAAAGGAGCCGCAGCUCUUGGCAUCGGGACUGAAAGUGUGAUCUGCAUCAAAGCAGACGAAAGUGGUAAAAUGAUCCCAUCUGACCUUGAGAGGAGAAUACUGGAGGCAAAACAGAAGGGGUUCGUCCCGUUCUUUGUGAGUGCCACAGCUGGUACGACCGUGUAUGGAGCCUUUGACCCCCUCGUCGCCAUCUCUGACGUCUGCAAAAAGUACAACGUCUGGAUGCAUGUGGAUGGGGCGUGGGGAGGAAGUCUACUCAUGUCCAGGAGACACAGAUGGAAGCUGAAUGGAGUUGAGAGUGCCAACUCUGUAACGUGGAACCCACACAAGAUGAUGUCCGUUCCUCUGCAGUGUUCUGCCCUGCUGGUCAGAGAGGAGGGUUUGAUGCAGAGCUGCAAUCAGAUGCACGCCUGCUACCUGUUCCAGCAGGACAAACACUACGACCUGUCCUACGACACCGGGGACAAAGCGCUGCAGUGUGGACGUCAUGUGGACAUCUUCAAGCUGUGGCUCAUGUGGCGAGCUAAGGGCACCAUUGGCUUCGAGGCUCAAAUAGACAAGUGCUUGGAGUUGUCGGAGUACCUCUACAACAAGAUCAAAGACAGAGAAGGCUACGAGAUGGUCUUCGACGGGAAACCUCAGCACACCAACGUUUGUUUCUGGUACCUCCCCCCUGGGAUUCGCUACAUGGAGGACAAAGAGGAGAAAAAGAAGCGAUUGCACAAGGUGGCUCCAGUGAUAAAAGCCAGGAUGAUGGAGUACGGGACAACCAUGGUCAGCUACCAGCCUCAAGGAGACAAGGUCAACUUCUUCCGCAUGGUGAUCUCCAAUCCAGCUGCUAGCUUCGAGGACAUUGACUUCCUUAUCGAGGAAAUUGAGCGACUCGGCCAUGAUCUAUAAGACUCCUCUCACCAAGUCCUCCUCCCACUAUCACCCCUCGAUGGAUGAAAUGUUUGUCAUGAAUGUACCGGUAACCAUUUUCUUUGUUUUUCCUUUUUCCUCGUAAAGUUUCACAAUUAAGAGUAAGUUUGAGAAAAAUAUUACAAAUAUAUCCAUAUAUUAUGUACCGCAGCUUUUGUGUGGACUGACAUGGGUCAAAGCUCAGUAAAAGUGCUUCUGUCUGCCUUUAUUAUUGUGUAGUAGCUGCAAGAUUAGUGUACUUGGUGUACCUUUACAUGUACUUUGUGUGAUAUGAAAUGCUAUGCUUGUGCAAUAAGUCAAUGAGGAAGACUUUUAUUUUUGAAUCAUUACUCUUUUGCUGAGUAUGUUGUUAAGUGCCAAAUGUUGUUUUCUGAUGUAAAUUUAACAUUUUACACUUCCAAUUUAAAACAAAAAAAGCACUUCACCUUUACCUCAGCUUAAUCAACUGCCUGUACACAUGGAGAUAGUACUUUAAGUAGUGAUUUUGGACAAACUUUUAUUAUUUAGUGUUGUAUAGCAGCACCAGCAAAUGUUUGAGAUGUUUCCCCAGCCACAAAAAAUGUGAUUAAAUACAUAUAAAUAUAUAAAUGAAUAAAUAUACAUUUCCUCCAAAAUAUCAUAACAGCAAGGUACUAAAAUACAAUUUAAAAUAUUAUUUAAUGUAUCAAAUACUUUUCACUCUUUAUUCUUGUUUAUAAGUGUUUAAAAUUGUAAAAAUGACUAUUGCCUAUACCAGAUUCUUAGCUGUAUAUUUAGCUGAUAAGAAUGUUUUACGUAUAGCGUAAAAAAUUAAAUCUAAUCUUUAGUCUUUACUGGGUUGAAGUGCCAUGUUUC